AUGGCUAACACAGCCGGAGCGCCCGACCCCUCACAGCCACAGGAAAAAGAAGAGAGAGGGAGGUCUCAGCUACCAGAAAGGCAAGGAAGGCAGAAAGGCAGGAAGGGAGGGAGGCAGGGAGCCAGGCAGGGAGGGAGGGAGGGAAGAGAGAUAGCGAUCGCCAGAUGUGAGGUCAAUGCGGCCGCAAGCGCAUGUGAACGAAGCUCCGCAUGGCAGCGGGCGCUCCUGCUGUUGUAUGGGGGUCGCCUGCUCGCAGGGCGGGGCUUCAAACCCGAUUCUGGAUUGGACGGCUCAUUCUAUAGCCUCGGCGAGGCCCCAAGACGCUUUGACCUCACCUCCUACGGUGUGGAGGCCUCAGCUGUCGGCCGAGGGCGGCACUGGGCAGAGUCGCUUCAGGUGCUACUGCGCGCUCACGAAUCGAGGCUUCGACCCACACAGACACUCUUCAACAUCGUGCUGGCUUCCUGCGAGCAUGCGGGUAGCUGGAUGGCGGCCCUGGAUCUGCUGCACAGCAUGUGCAGCUCGCGGAUUGCUGGGCUGAUCUCCUUCAACACUUGCCUGGCGGCUGCUGCCACGGCGGCGCAGUGGCAGGCAGCCCUCACCCUGUUCCAGAGAGUGCUGGAGCAGUCGCAGCCCGAUCCAACCACCAUCACCUCAGGCGUCUCCGCGUUGGCCAAGGGGCAGCAGUGGCAUCGGGCUCGGGACCUUCUGCAAUGCCUGCCCGUGCACAGCCUACGGCCGAACCAGGUCUUGGUGAACGCAGCGAUUUCAGCGGCCGAAGCCGGCCACCAGUGGCCCUGGGCGCUGGAGCUGCUGAGACUCUCCAAGAAGGAUCUGAGGCCCACGGUCAUCACGUACAACUCCACGCUCAGCGCCUGUGGGAAAGCCUCGGAGUGGCAGAGGGCUCUGGUACUGCUGGGAGAGCUCAGGGCAAAUGGUCGGCUGGAGCCAGACAGCACCUCCUAUGGGGCCGCGAUCUUGGCCACCCUCUCUGCCCGGCCCAUGGAGUGGGCAGCAGCCUUCUCACUUCUCACGGACAUGAUGGAGCGGCAGGUCAUGCCGCAGCUGGCCACCUGUGCGUUGCUGUUGAUGGAGUGCGAGCUGCGCGCCCUGGUCCAGGCCGAGUGUGCCCUGCUCUUGGCAUUGCCCGAUGCCUUGGAGGCUUCUUUGCGGCUGGCUUGCGUCGGGACAUCUUCGGGCACUUCCGCCACUCGGGAGGAUGUGUCGCUGCUCGUGCUGCAAGUGGCUGCACAGAGGUGUCUCCUCUCCGGAGACACAGCUGGCUGCAUGGAGUUCCUGCGCCGACUGGACGCCACGGGGCCAGGGCACUGGAAUGCUGUGGCAGAGGGCUUGUGGCUCAGGGCCCACAAUGCCCAAAGCAUCUCCAGCCCUGAACUCCACAGCCACAGAGGACGGCAGAGACUCCCAAAAGAAGGAUUCCGCGAAGGACUUCGGGCCGGCCGGGCCAAGGAGCUGCGCUUGUGCCGGCACGUCUUUGCCUCGGCUUCCGCGGGCGAUGCGUGGUCCGUUUGCGAGGCCAUGGAGGACUUCGGCCACCGCUUGUCACAGCAGGGGCAGUGGCUGAAGUUGGCCGCCGGCGCGAAGGGUGGGCUGCUGGUGGCGGCGGCCCAGCGGGCUCCGGCAGGCCCGGCCCUCGAGAUCGGAACGUACUGCGGCUACUCGGCCCUCCGCCUGGCGCUGGCGGGGCGUGCGGUGGUCAGCCUGGAGACGGACCCCAUCCACGCUGUGAUCGCAAGGAACAUCGUGAUGAUGGCCGGCCUUGACCACCUCGUCGAUGUAAGGAUUGGGCACAGCAAAGACCUUCUCCCUCGACUCGCUGGGAAGAAGUUUGCCUUCGUCUUCAUGGACCAGAAGGGCUCACGCUUCCACGAGGACUUACAGCUGCUGGCUGACCAGGAUCUCCUCUGUGAUGGCGCCGUGGUGGUGGCGGACAGGGCUCUUGAAGCGUUGCCAGAGGACAACGUGCUGAAGCCUGGUGCACCGAUCUUCCUCUACCUGUUGGCGGAGGCCAUGAAACGAGGCGACGGCUUCACGGAGAUAGACUCGAAGGCCCUUGAUCCCGAGGCGACCCGCAAGGAGGUCCAGCGCCUGAAGAUGGACCGUGCCGAGCUUCUGGCGAAGCUUACCUCCCAGCAGGAGGCCUUGGACAAGGUCAACUUUGAGAUCAAGCAGCAUUCACAGAACGUGGCGCAGCUCAAGGAGAGGAGCCAGAAUCUUGAGGAGAUGAUGACAAACAUGGACCAGGCCGAUGCCGUUCAAAUUCAGAAGGCAACGCAGGAGUCUGAGCGCAUCCAGUCCUUCUUCGCCUCCAUGAACAAGGAGAUCCAGAAGGCCCGUGAGAAGAAAACCGACCUCGAUGCACGUAUUGCGCAGCUGAACGCGGAGCGGCAGAAGGAAGAGCAGCGUGCGAAGAACCAGGCCCAGGAGGCCCGCGCCGUGGCCAUGGAGGUGGAGCAGGCCAACACGGAGCUCCGGGACGUGAAGCAGGAGAUCUCCAAGCUCAACGGCCAGAUUCAGGCCCAGCAGUCAAAGGAGGAGAAGAUGAAGAGCGAGCUGCAAAAGGAGCAGGCCCGCUACCAGCAGGAGCUGAAGGACAAGGCCAUCCGGGAGCAGCAGAUCGAGGGGCUCACCACGGAGCUCGCCGCCAAAAGCAAGGCGGCAUCCUCGUUGGAAGCCCAGUACAUCAAGCUUCAGCGCAAGGCCCGGGCUGCCAAGCGCCUGCUCGAGAAGGAGCAAACGAAGGCCAAGGAGCAGGAGCAGGAGGCCCAAAAGCAGCUUGAGCGCGAGAAGGAGAAGGCUGAAGCCCAGGCUCGGGACGAUGCUGCAGAGCUGCAGAGGGUGCAGCAGAUGCUGCAGAAGGAGGCCAAGAUGGCCAAGGAGAGCUUUGCCGAGGAGGUCAAGCAUGUGGAGCAGAAGCACCUGAAGGAGGUCCAGGAGCAGAAGCACAAGAUCGAGCAUCAGGUUGAAAUCGAGAAAGGGCAAAUCAUGGAGGAGGUUUCUCAUCUGGAGAAGGAGCUGGCGCACGAACAGCAGGUCGGCCGGGAGCAGGCCGCACAGGCCGCGAAGAAGGAGGAUGCCCUCCGGGUCGAUCUGCGAAAGACCAAGGAGGUGGAAGAAGACAGGACCCGAGCCGCCAAGAAGCACAUGACGGACCUCCAGACCAGCCUCGAGAAGCAGCGGAAGGCGUCUGCCGAGAAGGUCCAGGCUGCCAACCAGAACCUGCAGAAGGUACAGGAGGAGGUCGUGGAAGAGGAGCAGGCCUUGGCCAGUAAGAAGGCCGAGCUCCACCGCGUCGAGAAGGAGGCCAAGUCAAUGGAGGAGCGAGCCGACAUGGCCGAACGUCAAGCGCAGCAGAAGGAGGCACGGCUGCAAGCCAAGAUCCGGGCGGCGAACCUGAUGGAGCGACGAGGCAAGACGGCACUUCAGCGUCAGGCCGAGCACCAGGCUGCCAAGCUCAAGAAGAUGAUCGCGGACGAGAAGUCCAUGGAGCGAGAGCAGGUGGCUGAGCUGGAGGCGGAAAUCCGCAAAGUCCAGCAGGCCGAAAACACCACGAAGAAGGUCCAAGUCCAUGCGAAGUUCCUCCGGGCGAAGUAG